ACACAAGGCGGCGUGAAAUGUUUAAGUGGGAGCGUUGUUUUUCUGAGUAUUUAUUAAAGCAUUGUACAUGUAGUGAGAUUGCACUUACAUGAGUACUGAAAUGGGUUGUUGGGUGAGAUUGUGUUUGUCAGUGUUGUACUUCUCACUAAGUUCAGUGAUUGUUGAUGCUGACAAUGGUGACUAUGAAGUUCCCAUCCCAAGCACUCUGGAUGGACCCUUCAAGCCUGUCACCGUUCCUCUUGACCAGACCUUCCGAGGAAACGCCAUGGAUUUGCCACACACCGAUCCUCUGCUUCAAACAACCGCUCAAGGCUUCCAACCACAACAAAUAUCUCUCUCCCUCUCCUCUUCUCAUCACUCUGUUUCCAUCUCUUGGAUUACAGGGGAAUUCCAAAUUGGGGACAACAUAGAACCCUUAGAUCCUAAAAGUGUUGCGAGCUUAGUUCGAUAUGGAAGGUUCCGAAGGUCCAUGAGUCACCGAGCUACGGGUUAUUCCCUCGUUUACAGUCAACUUUAUCCUUUUGAAGGCCUUCAGAACUAUACCUCUGGAAUCAUACAUCACGUUCGUCUCACAGGUCUGAGACCCAACACACUCUAUCAAUAUCAAUGCGGAGAUCCUUCUUUGUCAGCAAUGAGUGAUGUUCAUUACUUCAGGACUAUGCCAGUUUCUAGUCCCAAGAGCUACCCUAACAGAAUAGCAGUGGUUGGAGACUUGGGUCUUACAUACAAUACCACAUCCACUGUUGACCACAUUAUCAGUAACCAUCCCGAUCUUAUUUUGUUGGUUGGAGAUGUUACUUAUGCCAAUCUAUAUCUAACUAAUGGUACUGGGGCAGACAGCUAUUCUUCCGCCUUUCCUGACACUCCCAUCCAUGAAACCUAUCAACCUCGUUGGGAUUACUGGGGAAGGUACAUGCAGCCUCUGAUUUCCAGUGUCCCUAUAAUGGUAAUAGAAGGGAAUCAUGACAUAGAACUACAAGCUGAAAACCAGACAUUUGUUGCUUAUAGUUCUCGAUUUGCUUUCCCAUCAGAAGAGAGUGGAUCAUCAUCCACUUUAUAUUAUUCUUUCAAUGCAGGAGGGAUACAUUUUAUAAUGCUCGGCUCCUACGCAUUGUAUGACAAAUCAGGGGACCAGUACAUGUGGCUGGAGAGGGACUUGGCUUCUGUUGACAGGGAAGUAACUCCGUGGUUGGUAGCUACAUGGCAUGCACCUUGGUACAGCACCUACAAGGCACAUUAUAGAGAAGCAGAGUGCAUGAGGGUAGAGAUGGAAGACUUGCUAUAUAAAUAUGGCGUUGACAUUGUCUUCAAUGGACAUGUUCAUGCGUAUGAGAGAUCAAACCGGGUAUACAACUACACAUUGGAUCCUUGUGGUCCUGUUUAUAUCACUGUUGGUGAUGGUGGUAACAGGGAAAAGAUGGCGAUCAAACAUGCUGAUGAACCUGGAGAGUGUCCAGAACCAUCAACUACACCAGAUCCCUUUAUGGGUGGCUUCUGCGCCUUUAAUUUUACAUCCGGCCCAGCUGCAGGUAACUUCUGCUGGGAUCGACAGCCUGAUUACAGCGCUUUCAGAGAAAGUAGCUUUGGUCAUGGCAUUUUGGAGGUGAAAAAUGAAACCCAUGCACUGUGGAUCUGGCAUCGCAAUCAAGACUUUUAUGGUAGUGCUGGAGAUGAGAUUUACAUUGUUAGGCAACCUCAAAACUGCCCACCGUUCAAACCAGCUACAUGACGUAAUGUAUUGAUUUACGAUGUUCAAUCCUUCUUUAAGACAAGUAACCCUUGAAAUGCUUUA